AUGAAAUUCAAACAGGAUCAGACGAAAGCUUUCCAACACAUCUAUGGCCUCCUCUACAUCUGGUUCGAGUCCUUCCCCCUCGUCUUCGUCGAAAUCUACGGCUUCAAUCUCGGCCAAGAAGGUCUCGCCUUCCUCGGCAUCCUCGUCGGCUCCCUGACAGCCAUGACCUGCCUCUUCCUCUACAUGUGGUUCUACCUCGAAAAGCAGUUCAACGAAAACGGCGAGAUCAAGCCCGAGCUCCGCCUGCAGCCAGCCAUGGUCGGCGGUUUCUUCGUGCCCAUCUGCCUGUUUUGGUUCGGCUGGAGCAGUCGCAGCGAUGUGCACUGGAUUGUGCCCAUUAUUGGGUCGAGUUUCUUCGGCGUGGCGGCGUUCUUGCUGUUUCAGGCUGUGCUGCCGUAUUUGAGUGAUGCGUAUCCGGCGUAUACGGCGAGUGUGUUUGCGGGGAAUGAUCUCUUCCGCAGUGCGUUCGGUGCUGGGUUCCCGCUUUUCGCGUCAGCGAUGUACACGAGACUGGGGGUGAAUUGGGCGAGUAGCCUGCUGGCUUUCUUGGGCGUGGCGUUUAUUCCGAUUCCGUUCAUUCUGUAUAGAUAUGGCGAGAGACUGAGACAGAGGAGCAAGCAUGCGAAGAAGGACUUCUAG